AUGGACUACACACCGGUGCUUCUGAUUUUUGUCUUCCAUGUUCUGACGGGGACAGGAGCUCCUCUGGAAGAGGAGCAGAUUAAAAGCAAAGUGGAAGAAUACACCAACUUGCUGAUAGUUAGGCUGAGCCAAAACUUCCAGACCCCUCCCAUGCAAACACUGAGACCACCUAUGAAAGAACUGGGAGGACUUUCCUCUAUAGUGGCGGUCCUGGAGGGCUACAACGACCUCAUCUCAGACUCUUUGGAAAACGUCACUCAGAUCAAAACUGAGCUCUCCAUUCUGACAGAAUACAUCCACCAGUGGAGCGUGGAGCACUGCAACGAGCAGCUAACAAAGCCUCCAGAACCCGAAGCCCUGAGAAGCCUGCAGAAACUAAAACGAUUUGUUCAUACGGUGGGCAUAGAGGCUCUUAUGAGAGUCAAGGAGUACCUCAAUCUGCUGCGAAGAAACCUCGAUCACCUUGAUAUUUGUUAA